AUGUGGAGUUUGUUGAAAUAUCUGGGAUGUCUUCUUAUCCUCUCCCACUGUUUGUUAUCAGAGUCACGGAUACUAAAAUUUGUUGUGGCUGUAUUUAGGCAUGGUGAUCGGUCACCAAUUGAAUCUUUUCCCAAUGAUCCUCACAAAGAGGAAGUAUGGGCACAAGGAUUUGGACAACUCACCGAGUUGGGGAUGAGACAGCAAUAUGAAUUAGGAAAAUUUUUAAGGAAACGCUAUGGACAUUUCCUCAGUGAAGAUUACAAUAGUAAAGAGGUGUACGUGCGCAGCACUGACUAUGAUCGCACGUUGAUGAGCGCCCAAGCCAAUUUGGCGGGGUUGUUUCCCCCAAGUCUGCGCCCCCCUCCCAUCGACCCCCAGCUUCUGUGGCGUCCCAUCCCAGUACACACUGUUCCCAGGUCACAGGACAAGUUACUGAAGACACCUAGUAAGCAUUGUCCCAAGUUCAGAGAGCUGAUGGCUGAAACCUUUCGCAGUGAAGACUACCAGACAGUGCUCAAGACUUACAAGGGAUUUAUCCAGGAGCUCUCAAACCACACCGGAUACCCAGUGGACAGGCUGGCAGUGAGGAAAGUGUGGAGGGUCUAUGACACCCUCUACUGCCAGAGAAUUCACAACCUGACCAUACCACGCUGGGCAACCCAGGAAGUGUUCAACACCCUGGAGGAAAUUGCUUCCUUUGAAGUCAUGUACAGUGUGUUCACUCACAAACGCAAAGACAAGGCCAGGCUGGCAGGGGGAGUGCUGUUGAAUGCCAUCCUGGGGAAUUUUACGAGUUCCGUGAAGAGGGAGAGUCCACUCAAACUGGUCAUGUACUCAGCACAUGACUCCACGCUCAUCACUCUUCAGGCCGCCCUCAAUGUGUACAAUGGUCGGCUGCCCCCCUACGCUGCCUGCCAGCUCUUUGAGUUCUACCAGGAGACUGACGGGUCAUACUCCAUUGGUUUAUUUUAUCGAAAUGACUCAACUCAUGACCCCUACCCGACCCCUGUGCCUGGCUGUGCUGUGACCCCAUGCCCUUUGAUGAACUUUACUCAGGCUGUGACUGAUGUCAUAGUGCAGGACUGGGAUGCAGAAUGUGGACUGAAACAGGCAGACUCCAGCUCAGGUGUCAUCACAGCUCUAGCAGUGGCCCUGGCUAUCCUCACAGUGGCGCUGCUAGGAACCAUCGCAGCUUUUGUUUACAGGAGAGGGAACUACCACUCAGUGGAUAAAUAGCCCUGCUCACACACAGUCCUGUCAUGUUGCCAUGACAU